UACAAUACGCGUCCCGGUGCAGAGGAGUCUACACAUUUAUUAUUUAUACUGAGAUUAAGCGUGCGUGCACCGGUUUUCGUAUAUUAUUGCUGUUGUUAUUACUGUUAUUAUUGUAUAUUUGAACAUUUUUCAUUUCAUACAUUUUAAAGUAUAACGUCAUGCAAAUAUCGUGAGUUUUAAGGUGAUAUCUGUUUUUAUCAUAGUUUUUUUCUACUUUAACCGCGCCUGUUGCUUUGAAAAUGUUCAUAAACGAAUAUCCAUUCAUGGAGUCCAUGCCGUCUAACAACAAUUUUGUACUCAAGUCCGAGCCGUUUAGUGAGGGCAUUUACAACGGAAACGUUUGGAUAACAGCAGAAUCGGACCUCAACGGCAUGCCGGUACACCGAGAGCAGACUUAUUUGCAGACCAUCGAAACGCCGCAGGUACACUCGCCGCCCAUGACCAACCAGAACCAGGCUUGCUCCAUCUGCGGUGACCGAGCUACCGGCAAACAUUACGGGGCGGCGUCCUGUGACGGCUGCAAAGGAUUCUUCCGUCGGUCCGUUCGCAAGAGCCAUUUCUAUUCGUGCAGAUUUUCGAGAAACUGUAUCGUUAACAAGGACAAACGCAAUCAGUGCCGAUACUGUCGUUUGCGGAAAUGUUUCAAAGCCGGGAUGCGAAAAGAAGCCGUGCAAAACGAACGUGACCGAAUCAACUGCAGACGACCCAGUUACGAAGAACAACCGUGCGCCAGUGGCUUAUCCGUUACGUCACUAUUGAACGCCGAAAUCUUAUCCCGCAGCGAAUCCGAUACGGCUGAGGACACUAACCUAGCGAACAAGCACGUGGCGAACAUCGGGGACGUGUGCGAGUCAAUGAAAACCCAAUUGCUUUUCCUGGUCGACUGGGCCAAGCGCAUACCCGCGUUCACAGAACUACAGCUGAACGACCAGGUUUCAUUGUUGCGAGCUCACGCGGGAGAACACUUGCUCUUGGGUUUGGCCAAAAGAUCGUUAAUGCUCAAGGACGUACUGCUGCUUGGUAACAAUCGCGUUAUAACCCGUCACGUACCCGACAACGGAAUCCCGUCGGACUUGGACAUUAGCAGAGUGGGCUCGCGCGUAUUGGACGAGCUCGUCAAACCGUUGAACGACGUACAGAUCGACGACACCGAAUUCGCGUGUCUAAAAGCCAUUGUUUUCUUCGAUCCAAACGCUAAAGGCCUGAACGAAUCGGACCGCGUUAGACGCAUGCGCAAGCAGAUCCACAGAAACCUAGAAGACUACAUCAGCGACAGACAAUACGAGACUUGCGGUCGGUUUGCCGAACUGUUGCUCACACUGCCGGCGUUGCAGUCGAUCACGUGGCAAAUGAUCGAACAAAUUCAAUUCGCAAAGUUAUUUGGAAUGGCACACAUCGAACCGCUGUUACAGGAGAUGCUACUCGGAGGAGCUUCAAUUGAUGCUGAUGCAAAUGCCCAUCAAGAUAACAAAAACAUCAAUAUCAUUAAUGUGCCAUAAACUAAAUAAUUCAUUACGAUCCAGAACAUCUAUUGCAAUUGACCAGAGUAUUGAAUUCUUUAUAAUAUAGCUACGUAUAUAGGUCGAUAACUUCUAUAUUCACUUUACAUAUUAUGUUAAAUGUUAAUAAUCGCCAUAAUAUAUUGCCCUGACUUAUUUGAAUAAUAAUUUUAACAUUGCGAUGCUAUUAAUUUAAAUACCUGGUUAACAUACUAUUUUUUGUUAUUGUUUUAUUUUUAUUUUAUUAUUAUAAUUGUACUAAGACUUGUGUAAUGUAUUCCCCCCUCUCUCUCGAUAAGUCUAGUAAUACAAUAGUCAGAUUAGGAUCUCCCAUAACCUACUAUACCUGCAAUAAAAAAAAAAAACAAAAUUAUUCGAUAACCUUGAUUAAAUAUUCAAACUACCUAAUUGACAAUACAAACAUAUGUGUACCUUUGUUUAACAAAUUAUAUUUUUUUCUAUUUAUGUCGGAUUUAUCGUGUUAAUUUACUACAAUUUCACAGUCAAUAAUAUAUAUAUAUGUAUUUAAAUACUGUCCAAACUAUAUAGUAUAAUGAUUAAUAACUAUUUUGUACAUUGACAAUAGGUAUAA